UCCGAUCAAAUGUAUAUUUCUUUUUAAUUAACAGAUGUUCUACAUGUGCACACUCGUCAUUUUUAUGACAUAAACGCAAGGCGAAACGAUAGAAAUAAAGCAACACAUUGUCCUCCAGUCGGUGACUGAACAACUUCUUGAACAACCAAUCACGAAUGGGAUGACACCCGAUUGAUCACUAGCCACUCACAGGGGCCGGCACCUAGAAUUUUUCCACUGUUCAAGCGCUGUAAGUGGUUAGUGGUCAAUUGGGACAUGGUCAAACGGGUAUCAUCCAUAGGAAUGCAGCCUAAGGGUGCUGUUACAUGUGUCGUACGAUAAAUUUGUUAGACGUAUUGAUUGGCUGCAAAGUAGAGAAAUUUUCGAGUCUCUAGAAACUUUCUAUCCUGCAAUCAAUCAAGACGCUUGAAAAAUUUGUCGUACGACAAAUGUAAUACCAGCCUAAUGCCGGAUUGAACAUAUAUGUACACACGUGUUUAUUUUGCUUAUUUACAAUUUAUACAUGAUCAUAAUCAAUCAUGAUGGAUGUAGUAACGGAAGUGAAUGAUAAUUCGGUUCCUCAAAACAGUAGCACGAUAACUGUAGCACACUCAGUAUGGAAGUAUAUCAAUAGUCCAAUAAUAGCAAUAUUUUCUGAUCUGGAGAAUCCUCCAACGGAGCAAAUGCUAUGUUCUCUUUUGGAAUCUUUAUUAAAAAGAUCUUCUACAUUAACUACUGUACUAAUCCCACCAUUCAGUAAUGCUGUAACAGACAUUGAUCUGCAGCAACAAUAUGCAGCAUUUACAACUUGGUUAUUUGGCACAAUGUUUUAUUUGAUCUGUAAACCAUCAAGUAAUGUGAUACUUUCAAACAGUAUUGAAGUACAAGCUUGUAUGCUCAGAAUAUUAUCAAGGCAUCACAUGACAAUGUUUGAGACUAUUACUUUAGAAUAUUUAAGUAUACUCGAUGAGAUAUCAGAAUUUUACAAAGAUGCUGCAGAAGAAAUAAUUCUUUCAAAGUUUUGUACAGAAAAGGAUAUUAUACAGAAUUUAGAUCUAACACCAUUUCCUGCGAAGAUUAAAUCAUCAGAUGUGCCAUCAAUUCAAGAAUCUUUAUUAAAGAUAAUUAUGAAAACUGGUGCUUCAGUUUGGGAUAAAAACAAAUUAUGGAACAGAAUUAUAACAAUCCUAGUCAAUUCUUCUCCAAACUUAAAGAUUGAAGCAUUACAGCUGCUUGUAGAAAUUAUGGAAAAGUGUAUUAUCACUGAUCAUGAAUGUACAAUCAUAAUUAUGUAUAGCCUAGAAAUAGUGAAGAAUCUCCCAUCUUGGAUCAAUUUGGAGACGUUACCAGCAUAUAAACUGCUCCAAUUUGUAAAAACAUUGAUACAUUUAAUACAAUUAUCACCCAUUUCCCUUAAUAUCACAGAUUUGUGUUUUCAAGUUAUUGAUUUUAUAUCUGCCGAAUACAUUUUAUAUGAUGUCAAUAGUGAAACAGUAAAAAAAUUGGAAGAAUCAGCAUGUUAUAAAAUUGAACAAUAUCUAAUUGUAGAGCCACGGUCCUGUACGACUGUAGAAGCUAAGAAACUCUUGGCUUACUUCGUACAUUGUCCAACUGUUAUCGAGAUUCUUAUGUACUUUGUUUUUAUUGAUAUUCAACGAGCUGUUAUGGCAAAUAAAACUAUUCUUGCUACAGAAAUCAGCGAACCAUGGAAUUUAUUAAGAAAAGAAUUGAUGAGUCUUAUGGAAGCUGAAAAAUUUACACAAGUAUUAUAUAUUGUUAAAGGGUCAUCUUUAUUGCAAUUAUGGCUAGAAAAAGAGGAAAUUCAUGUAAAAUUAUAUGAUAACGACUUAAAUGUCAUACUAAGGAUUCUUAUGCUAAAUUUAAAUUCUGAGAGUUGUCGAAAUGAAGAGAUUAUUUUUCAAAUAUUAAUGAGUAUAAUGGCUCACAAUGAAUCGAAUAAAGUUUUAUUGCAAUCGAUAUUAGCAUUGCCAUUUACUCAAGAUUUCAAAGGAUCCAUGGAUAUCAGUCAAAAAAUGGUACAAAGAGCAAAAUCUCUCAACGUUGAAACAAUGUCGAAAUGUCUUGAAACUUUAUGCACAUAUGGCAAUGGCAAGGAAAGAUUAAAAUUAUUACGCAUGUGUAUAUUAAAUAGUAACAUACAAAUAGCUGUUACAGCAGUGUUACACAGCGUAUUACUAUUGAAAGAUGCAAACAUAAAAUUGGAAGAUGUUUGUCAAUAUGUUUUAAAUACCGCUUUAUCUUCGACGAAAGUGGAAAUACAUGAAGCUCUUGCAAAUAUCUUGGGCCAGAUAACUUGUGUUUCAUCAGGAAAAGGAAAAAUUAUAAAUGGAUCGUUAAACAAAAAAUGGAGUAUAUAUUGCGAAUGUUGUACAAAAAAUAGAAAAAAAGAUGACGAUUCCAAUGUACAUUAUCUACCAGAGGUCUACGACCAUAUUUUUGAUAUAUAUUUUAAACUAUUUUCUUCGACAAAUAUUUCCGUACGAUUACAUAUUUCCAAAAAUAUUCUUUCUUUUUCAAAUCAUAUAAAAUCAUUCAACUCGAAUGAGAUAACAAAAAAGUGGCUUCCUUAUAUAUACGAUGAAAAUACUGAGAUUCGAUCGAAUCUUGCAUCGGUAAUUGGACAACUGUUAAGUAAUAAGAUCAUUAUGCUGAAGAGCAAUGGUGAAUGUUUGUCGGAUAUCAUGCCAAAUGAUUUGGACGAAUAUGUUGAUUUAGUAAUUGAUGUUAUAGCCAACACUCUUAUAACUGCAUUAAAUAUCUCUAAUCAUUCCUUACAUGAUACAUUACUCAACACUGCAAAGAACUUUGUAUGCGUUCCAUUACAUAUAACGGAAAGAAGGAUUUUGAAUGUAUUUUUAAUCACAAUAACACAUCCACAUUCAUCACAUACAGCAGUAGCAUCCGCUAUAACUGCAUAUCGGGAUGUUGCUGACUUUUUAAAUGUAUCUCCAAAGACUUUGUAUAUUCGAUAUCGAAAGGAUUUCUUAAAACUUAUAAUGAAACGUGCCGUUAGUAACUAUAUAAAUUUUUCAUAUAAUAUGGCAACUACAGUACAUCGUGUUGCUAAAUGUAUAGGUUAUGAAGGAUCACGUCAAUUAUUAUACAAGGAUGGUCAUUAUGCGGUUUGCUUUCUGAUUACUAUUAUCGUUGAAAUGCCAAAAGCAAAUGCGCUCUUAUAUGACAUAGCCGAAUUGAUACGCAUGGAUAUAAAGCAAAUGCUUCAAGAAUAUUUCCCGUAUAUAUGCAGUCAUGCAUUCUUAGAUACGUCUCUUCGAAUAAGUACAGAAUGUUUAAAACUUGUAACAAGAAUAACAGAAACUAGUCUUGCAGUUCUUACAAAACAAUCUUUUAUGGGAAUUUUUGAAGAACUUAUGUUACAUUUUUACAAAUCACGAAAAAUAAUAGGUUUCUUAGAAAUCAUCUCAGAAUAUGAUACUAAUCAAAGAGGAAAGUUUGGUACACAUGAACAAGUUGUGUCUUAUUUAAAUCUGCGAUUACAUGGCAUAUUGGUGAAUUUUGAUAUAAAGCUUGGUCCUAAGUCAGAUGAAUAUACACAGCAAUCCGUCCUUGCUUCAUUAGUCGUUUUAAUUCAAUACAUGGGUGCUGCUUAUUUAACGCCACUUAGAUACAAAAUUUUAGGCACAUUACGAACUUCGCUUGGGUUUAAAAGACCAGGUUUCUCACAUUUGGUCUGUGAUGCAUGGGAUGCAUUUAUUCAUAAUAUAGCUAUUGAAGAUCUAGGACCAUUAUUUCCAACAAUAUGCGUGUCAUUAAUACCAUUGCAAAAAAUAUAUCCAGAAAAAGUCAAUAGUAUGCUGGAAUUUCUGAUUGUUCAAAAUAAUGAGAGUCAUAACAGUCACAUUUCAGAAUUAUUUUUUAUAGACGAUAUGAAAGUUCCCACUCACAUAACUAAUAUAGUUAAGGCACAUAUUUUACAAGCCAGACCCGAGGGAUUUAAUGCUAAUUUAAAAUUAUGGUUGAAACGGAUUACUCAUGAAACUGAUGAAGUGCGAAUCAGAGCUCUAAAACAUUUGCAAACAUUUCUGGAGGAGCAUCGUAGUGAGCUUAAUAAAAUGAUAUUAAGCGAAACUGAUGUACAUCCAUUGAUCGUUGAACUACUAGAUACUCUGCUGAUCGGAUGUCAAGAUAAAGAUGAAUCUAUCCGAUUAUGUUAUGGAGAAUGUCUCGGAGAAUUAGGAGCUAUCGAACCGAGUCUUCUUCCACGAAGAAUUAUUUCUAGAGAGGAUAGUAAUUUUAUAUCAGAUAUGAAUGAAGAGUUUGCGUGUGCAUUACUUUCCGAACACGUGCGGGCUUUUCAAAUGCAGAAGAAUAGCCAAAGUAUGGAUUGUUUUUCACUUGCUAUACAGGAGAUAUUAAAAGCAUACGACAUUUCUCCACAAGGUCGAAAUAGUAAAUUAUGGAAAAAUUUAUCAGCCACAACGCAACAAAUUAUUAUCCCUUUUUUGACAUCGCAUUACAAGAUAGCGACUGUUAGCGACGACAAUGAAUUUCCACAUCCUAUUUACGGUUCUGAAGCAGGUUCUACAGUUGAAAACUGGGCUUAUAAUUGGCUUUGCAGCAUGUCUAGCGCUGUACGUGACACAACGCUCAAUAAUGUGUUACAAGCAUGCAAAUUGGCCUUCAAGCGGGAUAUGAAAACAUUAAUAUUUUGUUUACCGUAUAUCGUGUCGUACAUAAUCGCAAAUAAUGGAGAAGAAGAACAUCUUAAGCUCAGAGAAGAAAUGUUAGCUGUAAUUAAUGUUAGACAAAAAUCCGUAUUGGAUUUAGAACUUUUGCGUCAUCGACCGCUCCGAUAUGAACAGAGUGAAAAGACCGAUGAAAAGAGGAUCUCGGAAGAAACCAGACGUACGCGCUGCUCGCAGGUAGUUUUUUGUAUAUUGGAUCAUUUGCAAAGGUGGCUUAGAGAACGAAGAUUAUUUCAAGAUGAUAGAUACGAAGCAGUAAAAAAAUUCUGUGCUAGGUUAGACAGUCUCGUAGUGGCAGAAGGUUGUUAUCAAUCACGGGAAUAUCAUCGAGCUCUAAUGUAUUUAGAACAACAUAUGGCAUCUAGUCAUAAAGGUUUGUCAGAAUUAACGGAAGGUGGUUUACUCGCGAAAAUUUACGCGCAACUCGAUGAACCUGAUGGAGUAUCUGGCAUUUUGGCAACUCAGAAUCAGUCUCCUACCUUGCAACAAUUAGUUUUAGCUCAUGAAGUCAAUGGGCAGCUGCAGGACGCAGCUACGUGCUACGAGAGGCUCGCGCAAAAAGAAGACCUAAAACAUACAUAUUUACAAGGUAUGAUCCAGUGUUACCUUGGUCUAGAUCAACCAUUCACUGCCAAAUAUAUUACCGAGGGUCUGUUAAGUACUAGGCCAGAAUUGGAGCCUCUCAUUACUGAACGCGAGCUUUUUUGGAGACUCGCUCAUUUCUCUCGAUUCGAGGAAAUCUCGCAAAAGAAUAUAAAGCAUGUACUAUUAGAUGAUCUCAUAAAAGGGAUUAAACCAGAUCUGCUCUCCUUAAAAAAGAAUUUAGUCUCAUUAUUAGAAGAUGCUUCUCGACCGGGAGCUUAUCAACAGAGCUAUUCAUAUAUUAUGAAAUUACAUAUAUUAAAUGAAUUUGAUAAAGCAACUUCGAUGAUGCUGAACAAUGUAGAAGGCCUUUCACUAAUACUAGAAGAAUGGGAGAAACGUGGACAACUAUUGAAAGCAUCUCGCGGUGUAGAAUUUGUCCUGAGCAUGCGCAGAGCUACCUUGGAUUUAGCUGUACAAUUACAACAAAAAACUCAAAACACAGAAAACUUAAUGCUUAAACAAGAAAUUGGCAAAAUCUGGUUGAAGAGCGCAAAAAUUGCUAGAAAGGCUGGCUUGCAACAACAAGCAUACAUGCAUAUUUUAUCGGCUAACGAUUCAUGUCCUCCACAAUCAUUGUACAUAGAACAAGCUCAAUUGUAUUGGCAGAAAGGUUGUCAAGAAGAUGCCUUUACUACUUUAAAUCGUUGUUUCUUAAAUUGUUUUAAACCAGCGCAUUAUUAUAAACAAUUACCCUCAGACGAUUGUAGUGAAGAAAGAAGACACUGUGCAAAGGCAAAACUUCUGUUUGCAAAAUACAACGACGAAACUCUCAACGUUGAUACAGACAGUUGUAUCAAUAACUAUAAAGAGGCGAUCGAAGUAUGGAAAAAAUGGGAAAAAAGUUGGGUAGCAUGUGCUGAAUAUUAUGAUACCAUUGUUGGGAGAAUGUCUGAAGAUGAUAAGGAUCGAAAUAAACGAGAUUUGCAAAUACACAUGAUGAAUUUUUAUGGAAAGUCGCUUCAAUAUGGCUGCAAGUACAUUCAUCAUUCAAUGCCCAAGAUGUUGACCAUCUGGUUGGAUAACGCUUCUCGCGCUACAAUUACUUCCGAUCCACCAGACAUUGUCAAAUUUCGUCAGGAUCGUCUAUUAAAAAUGACACAAAUUAUGGAGGUUUAUCAUCAUAGAUUACCGACGUUUAUGUGGCUAACUGCUUUUAGUCAACUUGUGUCAAGAAUUUGUCAUCCAUCUCCACAGGUGCAAAAUACUUUAUGCGCAAUUCUGGUGAAAUUAAUUUCAGCAUAUCCACAACAUUGUUUAUGGAUGAUGGCAUCAGUUUUUAAUUCUUCAUAUCCAGCGCGACAAAAACGAUGUCAAGAAAUCUUAAAUCAUACGCAAUUGAGAACGCCAGAUAUGUCUAAACUUAUUAAAGAUUUUCACAAACUUUGGGAAAGACUAAUUGAAUUAUCUAAUAAAACGAUACCAGAUGGAACAUUGAAUACUACAGUGACUCACUUAUCAAAAAGCUUGCCAAGGUUACUCGCAAGUAAAGAUUUCAGUCCAAUUAUGAUGCCAACAACGAAAUUCAGACAAUUACAUCUUCCUGCGAAGAAUGCUUCGCUUGAGGAUCAUAAUCCAUUCUUAUUGAGAUGGGUACAUAUAACAAAAAUAGAAGAAAACGUGGUAAUAAUGGCAUCACUUCAACGACCGCGACGAAUUGCGCUAAGAGGAUCGGAUGGCAAAGAAUAUCUCUUUAUGUGUAAGCCGAAAGACGAUCUACGUAAGGAUUUCAGAUUGAUGGAAUUUAAUGAUAUCGUGAACAAGUAUCUUCAAAAUGAUCCAGAAUCACGACAAAGAAGGCUUUACAUACGCACAUAUAGCGUAGUACCAUUAAACGAAGAAUGUGGUUUGAUAGAAUGGAUACCAAAUCUGGUAGGUCUUCGACCUACUAUUAUGAAUCUCUAUGUGGAAAGAGGGAUUGCGCCUACAAAUAAAGAAAUUAAAGCAAUGAUAUGUGCAUUAAAAGAUCCAUUAGAAAAGAAGAAGAAAAUAUUUCUAGAAAAGCAAUUACCACGACAUCCUCCUGUAUUUGGGGAUUGGUUUCGCAUUACGUUUCCUGAUUCAUAUGGAUGGUAUGAAGCUCGUACAGCAUAUAUUAGGACAACUGCUGUCAUGUCUAUGGUAGGAUACAUACUUGGGCUUGGUGAUCGCCAUGGAGAAAAUAUAUUGUUUGAUUCUAAAUGCGGAGAUUGCGUACACGUUGAUUUCAAUUGCUUAUUUAACAGGGGCGAACUUUUUGACUGGCCCGAACGAGUGCCAUUUCGCUUAACUCAUAAUAUGGUAGAUGCUAUGGGUCCUUUAAAAAUUGAGGGACCAUUCAGACGUGCCUGUCAAAUUACUAUGAGAGUACUUCGGCAAGAAUCGAGUACAUUAUUGAGUGUACUCACGCCUUUCGUCUACGAUCCACUCGUUAGCUGGAAUAAAAAUCAGACCAGUGAAAAAACAGCUGAAAAAACAAAUGAAAAAGCUGUAGAACAUAUAAAAAAUAUUGAGCAACGAUUAAAAGGUUUGGUGCGAUAUCCUGGAAGAAAAGCAGAAAAUAUUGCAUUACAUCUCAGCGUUGAAGGACAAACCAAUCAUUUGAUUUUAGAAGCGACAAAUAUAGAUAAUCUGUGCCAAAUGUAUUUUGGUUGGGGUGCAUAUUUAUAACAAGUGCGAUUGCCGAAACAAGAUUAUACACAGCAUAAGAUUCUAUGGUGUAUGGAUAUUAAUAAACUAGUGUACAAACCAUAUUUAUUCCGUAUCGUCGAAGCUUCGUCGAAUACAAUUUUCAAGUAUUGUA